UGGCGCGUAAUUUAUAUUUCGUAUUCGAUCGUCGAGUCUUCAGGCUUUGAUUAUUCUUCUACAUAUUCCCCUCUGUCAUCAUCUGUCUGCAACAUGUUUGAAGCAAAACUCACCCAAGGAAAUGUAUUCAAAAAGGUUCUUGAAGCCAUUAAAGAUUUGGUUCCAAAUGCAAACUGGGAAUGCUCAAGUAGCGGCAUCAGUGUUCAAGCCAUGGACAGUAGUCACGUCAGUUUAGUUUCAAUAUCAUUAGAAGCCGAUGGAUUUGAGCCAUUUCGAUGUGAUAGAAAUGUCAUUCUGGGAAUGGAGACUGCUAAUCUGUCCAAAAUACUAAAGUGUGCUAGUAACGAUGACAGUAUUACAAUCAGAGCUGAAGAGGGAGGUGAUGUGGUGACAUUUCAGUUUGAAAGCCCAAAUGGUGACCGGCAAUGUGAAUAUAAAAUGAGACUUAUGGAUAUCGACAGUGAGCAUUUAGGAAUACCAGAGGAAGAAUAUGAUGCUGUGGUGACAAUGCCAUCAUCUGAAUUUCAAAGAAUAUGUAGAGACCUGACACAGAUUGGCGAUUCAGUGACAAUAAACUGUACCAAAGAGGGAGUGAGGUUCUCAGCCAAAGGGGACCUUGGUGAAGGAAAAAUUACACUCAAACAAAAUUCAAGUGUUGAAGAAGAACAGGUUUCAAUUCAGCUCAAUGAACCUGUGGAACUUACUUUUGCUCUCAGAUAUUUGAAUUUUUUCACAAAGGCUACUCCAUUAUCCAGCACAGUAAAAAUGUCACUGAAAGAGGAUGUCCCCUUGGUCCUUGACUACAAAGUAGGAGAAUUAGGCAACCUCAAAUACUACCUUGCUCCAAAGAUUGAUGAAGAAGAUACAGCAGCUACUGAUGAGUAAAGUCGGUUCACAAAAAUGCUGCCCAAACAAAGGGAAUCUUAAUCUUUUUUGUGUUGGAAAUUAUUUUACAAGUGCUACAGUGUACAUAGAGACUGCUCAUGAAGGGAGCUUGCAUUGUGGGCCUCAGUCUGAGAGAAAUUCACCAUUUGUCAUUGUUUGUUGUUGAAUACCUUUAAGGGUAUUUCAAACUGAGUAUAGUGGUACAUGUAAAAUAAAAAUAAACCUAUUAUUUAGCCCAAAA